AUGGAUUACAGAUCUUCCUAUCGUCCAUAUGACCGUUCCGGUCCACCUCCAGACUCGUAUGCAUCUGCACCCUUAGACGAUCCUUACGAUCGCACCAGGAAACGUGGUCGUUCGCCUUCUCCUUCCUACUACCGCGACGAGAGGCGUACAAGCGGCUACAACGACUAUCCUUCUGCCGAUCCAUGGGACCGUCCUUCGCGAGACUACCGUGAGCCAUCUCCUUAUGCAUCGCGACCACCCGCCUACGACAACUAUCGCGGCGCAGAUCCAUACGAUGAUCGCUCCGAGCGCAAUCGAGCUCAAGAAUGGGACCGAUACUACCGCGAGCAUGAUCAGCGAGACCGCGACUACCGCCCCUCGCCCUACGAGGAUCGCGAGCGCUACGAAGCCAGGUCUAGGUACGACGACCCUCCACCUCCUUCCAGAGACGACCGUCCACGUUACCGCGAACGCGAACGCAACUAUCCCAACAACGACACACAGUAUCGCAGGGAUGAUGCGCCGCACGCCUCCGACUCCGGUGCAAGGCCGCCCUUUGAGCCUCGUCCAGCUCCCGAUCCCAUGCAGUCCGACAAUUUGCUUACAUUCCGCCAGUAUGCUCAGAUGAUCAAGGCCGCGCAUCCAUCCGCACGCGACAGGUCCAUCGAUCAGCCUGCCACUCAGGAGCUUUACGACGCCUACCAGACCUACAAAGCUGCGUUCAACAAGAAGGCCAUCGCUGCCUUCUUUGAGCAGCGCAGACACGAGGCAUGGUUCCAGGAGAAGUACUCGCCUGCAGAGCCCUGGGUCAGCGCUCGUAAUGACCGGAAGCGAGCCGCUCGUGCUGGCAAGAAGCAGGCUUGGCUCCAAGAGCUGCAGGAGGGCAAGCUCGACAAGCUCAACUACGACAUCCAGGACUCGGACGAGCGGUCCGACUCGCGCAGACGCGCCGACUCGUACGACGGCGACAACCACCAGGAUCACCGUGGCGGUCGAUCCGAGCCUGGUGAUGUCACGCUUCUUUCGCGCUACGGUGAACCAGAAGUACUGCAUGCCGAGCAGGCUAUCAUUCCCGCCUGCAACCACCAGAUCCUCGUCAAGACCUUCCCUGCUGACGUGUCAAGAGAGAAGCUCGAGGACGUUCUGAAAACCAAGCCAGGGUUCCGAUACGUGGCUCUAGGCGAGCCACACGUGGCCAAGCGAUGGCACCGCGUCGGUUGGGCCAUGUACGACCCUGACAUUGACAUGGACGAUACUCUCAACGCGCUUCAAGGCAAGGAAGUCGAUGGCUUCUCUCUCAACCUCGCCCCCUGCACCAAGCCCACCUCGAGCAAGGUCCGCACAGUCCCCGAGUAUGCCAACUCCUUCCACCGCCUGCUCAUCGAUCUUAAACACUGCAAGCAGCUGCUCGAGCGAUUCGAGACGGAGGACCGCGAAGUGCUCUUCCGUGACGCCGCUUCACCUGAUACCUCAUCGGACAGCAAGCCCUGGUUGGAGAUCAGCGGAUCCGACGCCAUCCUGCAUCGCAUCCGUCAGAUCGAGACCGACCUGGUGGACGACGAUCUCGAGCGCGGCUACGACCCUGACGAGCCCUCCUCCAAACGCGAAGAUCGUCGUCGAGCCCUCAAGCAUCAGCUCGACCUGCAUCUCGACCUGCUGCGCACCGUCUACCACUGCGACUACUACAUCUCGCUCGUGUGCGAAUUCGAAGAAGAACUCCUCCGCCGCAGUCCGCGUCACGGACGCAAGCAGCCUCCUCCGGGAACGCUCGUUGAAGACCCACGGGAGAACACCAACGACGAAUCGUGGGCACGCAGUGUCGAUCAAAAGACCAGCCUGCUGCUCGCCGACGACAAGACGGACCUCACCGACCUCGGCGGCAAAAGCAUCAGUGACGAGCUCAUGACCGCCGCGCUGACGUACAUCAAGGAGGAGGAGAAGGAGAAGCACCGCUGCACCGUCGACGUCAACGGCGCCCAGUGCGGCAAGCUGUUCAAAGCGGCCAUCUUCGUUCAGAAGCAUGUUCUGAAUAAGCAUCGUGGGUUCAUCGAGGGGGUGGCGGGGGAGACGUUGGAUGAGGUACGGUUCUUCAAUGCGUACGUGAGGGAUCCUUGUAGGGCUACGAGUCAGCCUCCGAAGGAUGGCCCCGGAGGCGGGCCGGCACUAGCGCAGCGGCUGGAGGGUGGUGCCAAUGGGGGAAUGUUCGGUUCUGGCGGGAGGAUGGGCAUGAUCCGAUUCGGCAAUGCGAGUGCCAUCGAUUCGCCAAGGAGAGGUCCACCGGGAGGCAACGGAGGAGGUGCAGCGCUGGGCAUGCGACUCGGCGGCGUGGUCGCCGCUGCAGAUGCGGGUCAAGGACCACAGGUCAUUCCAGACCCCCUGCCGCCCGCGCCUAAGCCGUUGGACCCGCGCGCCCAGAGAGCUGCACCCAAGAGCUACCAGGAUCUCGACGGCGCUGCCGAGGGAGACGUCGAUCUGGCUUACUGA